CGUGCAGGGCGCGCGGUGGCAGCACCUCCCCGCGCGCGGCUUAAAAAGAAGAAGAAAAGAGGGAGCGAAACAUGAGAGCCCUAGUGAGCCGCAGCCGCCGCCGGCAGCAGCGCAGGGGGCAUCGCCCGGCCCGGCCGCCGCCGCCGCCGUCCCACCUCGGGGACACCCUUCCUAUGGGACGACAAGUGAAGGGCUGCCGCCGCCCGCUGCCCGGCCCGCCCCGAGCCUCGGCGCCCCGGCGCGGCAGCGGCCGCCGCUAAACCUGUGCCACUUGCACGGCUCGGCCGGCCCCGAGCAUCCUCCCGCCGGGCCCGGGGGCUCGCUGCCCCGCGCCCGCCUUCUGGCGUCCGCCUCCCUGGGAGCGGGGGUGCUUCUCCUCCGUAGGCUUUUUAAUUGCUACCGUGACUGUCCUCCUCCAGACUUUCCCCUUCUGUGGGAGGGAGGUGGUUUCCUGAUCUGAAGUGCACGGGAAAGUCAGUGGGAUUCCCCUCCUUCUGCCCCCACCCCCCCCUUUUUUGGGUGCAUUCACACGCUCCCUCAGGCAUGAUGCUCAAGAUGCUGCCGUUCAAGCUGCUGCUGGUGGCCGUGGUUCUGUGCUUCUUCGAGGGGGAUGCCAAGUUUGGGGAGAGCGGCGCCCGGAGGAGAAGGUGCCUCAACGGGACCCCGCCGAGGCGGCUGAAGAAGCGCGACCGGCGGGUGCUGUCCCCGGAGGCCCCGGGCGGCGGGGAGGCGAUGUGCCGCGGCCUCUACCCCCGCCUGUCCUGCUGCUCCCGCGCUGACGCGCAGGGGCUGCUGCACGCCGAGGCCAAGAUACUUUCUGUUACCAACAACACAGAAUGUGCGAAGCUACUGGAGGAAAUCAAAUGUGCACACUGCUCACCUCAUGCUCAGAACCUAUUCCACUCACCUGAGAAGGGGGAAACACCCGAGAGAGAACUAACUCUUCCCUACCUGUGCAAAGACUAUUGUAAAGAAUUCUAUUAUACUUGCAGAGGUCACAUACCAGGUUUUCUCCAAACUACAGCUGAUGAGUUUUGCUUUUACUAUGCAAGAAAAGAUGGUGGUGUAUGCUUUCCAGAUUUUCCAAGAAAACAAGUGCGAGGGCCAGCUUCUAACUCCCUGGACCACAUGGAAGAAUACGACAAAGAGGAAGAGAUCAGCAGAAAACACAAGCACAACUGCUUCUGUAUUCAGGAGGUUGUGAGUGGACUAAGGCAGCCUGUCGGAGCAGUACAUUGCGGGGAUGGAUCCCAUCGCCUCUUUAUUCUUGAGAAAGAAGGAUAUGUGAAGAUUUUCAGUCCUGAAGGAGACAUACUCAAAGAACCUUUUCUGGAUAUACACAAGCUAGUUCAAAGUGGAAUAAAGGGAGGAGAUGAAAGAGGACUGUUAAGCCUUGCAUUCCAUCCCAAUUACAAGAAAAAUGGAAAGCUGUAUGUGUCUUAUACCACCAACCAAGAACGGUGGGCUAUUGGACCUCAUGACCACAUCCUUAGGGUCGUAGAAUACACAGUGUCCAGGAAAAACCCACACCAAGUUGAUAUGAGAACAGCAAGAGUGUUUUUAGAAGUAGCAGAACUACAUCGAAAACACCUAGGAGGACAGCUUCUGUUUGGCCCAGAUGGUUUCCUAUACAUUUUUCUUGGAGAUGGCAUGAUCACUCUAGAUGAUAUGGAGGAGAUGGAUGGUUUAAGUGAUUUUACAGGUUCUGUAUUACGCCUUGACGUAAAUACUGACCUGUGCAACGUCCCUUAUUCCAUACCACGCAGCAACCCACAUUUUAAUAGCACAAACCAGCCUCCCGAGAUUUUUGCACAUGGACUCCACAAUCCAGGCCGAUGUGCUGUGGACCGCCACCCAACAGAUGUAAACAUCAAUUUAACUAUACUUUGCUCAGAUUCAAAUGGAAAGAACAGAUCUUCAGCACGAAUUUUGCAAAUAAUAAAGGGUAAAGACUAUGAAAGUGAGCCUUCACUUUUAGAAUUCAAACCAUUCAGCAGUGGAUCCUUGGUUGGUGGAUUUGUCUAUCGAGGCUGCCAGUCUGAAAGACUUUAUGGAAGUUAUGUAUUUGGAGACCGCAACGGAAAUUUUUUAACGCUGCAACAGAGUCCUGCAACCAAACAGUGGCAAGAGAAACCCCUCUGUCUUGGCAACACUGGUUCAUGUAGAGGUUUCUUUUCAGGCCCUGUCUUGGGAUUUGGUGAAGACGAAUUAGGUGAGGUUUACAUAUUAUCAAGCAGUAAAAGUAUGACACAGCCUCACAGUGGAAAACUCUACAAGAUCAUUGACCCAAAAAGGCCUUUAGUCCCUGAAGAAUGCAAAAGAACAGCUCAAUCUGCACAGAUACUGACAUCUGAGUGCUCCAGGCAUUGUCGGAAUGGGCACUGCACUCCCACGGGGAAAUGCUGCUGUAAUCAAGGCUGGGAAGGAGAGUUCUGCAGAACUGCAAAAUGUGACCCAGCCUGUCGACAUGGAGGUGUCUGUGUAAGGCCUAAUAAAUGCUUGUGUAAAAAAGGCUAUCUCGGCCCCCAGUGUGAACAAGUGGAUAGAAACAUCCGAAGAGUGACAAGGGCAGGUAUUCUUGAUCAGAUCCUAGACAUGACAUCCUAUUUGCUGGAUCUAACCAGCUAUAUUGUAUAGUUUCUGGGACUAUUUGGAAACUACACUUUCAACGGGCAUUUGUUUUGAAUCCUGUCAUUUUGAAAAGACUGUUAUCCUGCAACAAAUACCGGUAAUUUGAUUUACUUUAUUAAUUUAAGUAUAAUAUCCACAAAUGUGCAGAUAAAUUCUUUGUAUGUGUGUAAAUAUUUCUGUACACCUCCACAGACGUACGGAUAUCCAAUAUAUGCACACAUACACAUGCAUGCACUAUCACAAAUACGGUUUUACAGCUAGUGGAAUUUUUUUUAAUAUUUAUUUCUUCAUGAGAAAUAGUUUACAAAGUAAUUCCACUGUAAACCACAUUCUUGUCAAAGGACUUUUGUGAUGUCUUAAUGGAUUCUUGGGCAUCCCAGAAAUCUCGUGGCUGUACCUAUCUGAUUAUAGCAUUGAGAGAGCAGUUUUCAAACAUCGCUGUAUACACUGCUGGACUUAAUAAAUCCAGUUGUAACAGUUUCUAAGGCGAACUACAUCAUGAAACAGUAUUUCAGCACUCCUUAAUGCAUUCCUAUCUAGGCAAUUCAUUGUAAGACUGUAACCUUCACCUUCAUCAAUGUAACUCUAUUACAGAAUGUUACGCAUUUCUUUAUCUAGCAUAGAUGCAAAAAUCUGGUUAUCGCAGCUUAAUAUCAAGAUUGUUUCAAGUGUUUAAUAAUUAAAUUAUAUUCGCAUAUUUCAAAACCAGUCAUCCUAGAAGGUCUGCUUUUUAUCAUAUAUUUUAUUUAACAAUGGGCACUGGGUUCAUGUUACAUAUUUAUAUUAUUUUAUUUUAUUUUUAUAAUAUAGACAUCAUCUAGAUGAGACAGCUUUACCAUGUCCUGUAAAAUACUAAAGUUACAUUUUUCACCAACUUAAUUGGAAAGAUGGGGAAAGAGAGAGCAAACACACUCUUUAAUGUGUUGUGGACCUAAUCUAGAAAUGUAUCCUUGUGUCAACCCGUAUUCCUUUAUGAUGGAUGAAAAAUACAACAGCUAACCAAUCAUAAUAAAAUUCCAGCACAUGUUAAAA